GAGGAGAACUAGGUCCGGGGAGGAGGGCCGCCGCCAUUAUCGGAAAAGCUGGCAGAAAUACCACUUUCACACACGCAAUCUGCUCGCAAAUUGAUCCGGACACAUGAACAAUUUCUGUUGCAGUAGAAGCAAUAUUCAGACGAAUCACCACGGCGAUUGCAACAAACUCACCGUUGUCUCGUGUGCGCGACCGGCCCAGCGUUAUGUGGGCACAACAAUGGACAGAAUAAUUAUUGCAAAAGCAACGUGGUGAAGCGAGAAGAAGACGGCUAAGCAGAUUUGUACACGCCUAAAUUUCUCAUGAGGAAAAACCCCCUUUUUUUUGGCAAGAACAAAAUUGGAUUGUUCUAUCAAUUCGGGAUAUUUAUUUCUUCCACCCUCCCCCCCCACCCCCCCUUCCCACCACCACCCGUGUUUAAUUGCAGCGAAAACAGUGAUGCUAAACAAGAGAAUCCAGGCAUGGGCAUUGGAUAUGUAAAUCAAAUUACCCCAAUCGCACAAGUUGUAGUAUUACCAGUAUUAUCUGUGAACUGAGGCGACACACGGCGUGUUCUGCGGCUUUAUGCUUAUGCACAUCAGGCGGCGAGGGCUGCGGCAAGCGCUGGCCUGACAGAUGCAAGAGGAGAAAGGGAGAAAUGCGAUGGAUCUGAUUCAUAUAAGGAAUGAAUGAAAGAACGCUCUGCUCAUAUCACUGCACUGCUAUUUAUUAAAAUCCAGCAGAAGAACGUGAAAUCUGAUCUCCACUGUGGAUCAGCAACUUUAUGGACAGACAUUCAAGUGAACUCCUUUAUACAGUGCCUGUUUAUGGCAGGAUGAGCACCAGCAGACUAUGAUGGCGAAAAAACAAGAUGCCCGAUCACCCAUUUACAACCUCAUUGUGGUGGGUUUGUCAGGAACAGAGAAAGAGAAAGGGCAAUGUGGGGUUGGCAAGUCCUGCUUGUGUAAUAGGUUUGUGCGGCCUAGUGCUGAUGACUUCUACCUGGACCACACAUCAGUGUUGAGUACAAGUGACUUCGGGGGUCGAGUGGUUAAUAAUGAUCACUUUCUGUUUUGGGGGGAGGUGUCGCGGGUUCUGGAGGAGGGGCCUGAGUGCAGGAUGCAUGUUGUGGAGCAAACUGAAUUCAUCGAUGACCAGACGUUUCAGCCACACCGUAGCACUGCUAUGCAGCCCUAUAUCAAACGGGCAGCCACAACCAAGUUGGCUUCAGCAGAGAAGCUCAUGUACUUCUGCACAGAUCAGCUUGGCCUGGAGCAAGACUUUGAGCAAAAACAAAUGCCUGAGGGAAAGCUGCAGGUUGAUGGCUUCCUGCUUUGCGUUGAUGUCAGCCGGGGCAUGAACCGCAACUUUGAUGACCAGCUGAAAUUUGUCACAAACCUUUACAGUCACCUUAGCAAGACUAAAAAGCCAAUUGUGCUGGUCCUAACCAAAUGUGAUGAAGGAGUUGAACGCUACAUCAAAGAUGCUCAUACCUUUGCUAUCACAAAAAAGAGUCUGCCAGUAGUUGAGACGUCUGCACGCUCAAAUAUAAAUGUAGACCUUGCCUUCCUCACUUUGGUUCAACUUAUUGAUAAGAGCAGGGGCAAGCCUAAGAUCAUUCCCUAUUUUGAAGCCCUAAAGCUCCAGAGUCAGCAGAUAGCUUCUGCCAAGGAUCGCUAUGAAUGGCUAAUCAACCGUAUAGUAAAGAAUCAUAAUGAAACCUGGUUAAAUACCAGUCGACGCAUGAACACCUCCCCAGAAUACAAAGAAUAUGUCUUCUUGGAGGGAACAGCUAAAUGCAAGAAACUUUUUCAACAGCAUGUCUACCGUCUGAAGCAGGAACACAUUGAGAGGCGUCGCAAAAUAUACUUAAGCACUCUUCCUUUAGCACUUAGUUCUUUGGUGCCUGACCUGGAUGAGAUAGAUCAGCUGAGCUGGUCUGGGGUACAGAAGGUCCUCGAGUCCAAGCAGCACUUUGCCCACUGGUUUGUUGUUCUAGAGGACUCACCAUGGGAGGAUACAUCUCACAUUGAUAACAUGGAAGAUGAACGAAUCCCUUCAGACCUACUGGAGACUGCUGAAGCAGAGGAACUAUUUAAUGCCCACCUGGAACAUCUGCGUAAUGAGUGCAGACGGGCAGAGAUGAGGCUGGAGUUUAAACAGAAGUUGGCUUCCUCUCCCUUUGUCACACCUGGUAAACCCUGGGAGGAGGCCCGCAGCUUUAUCAUGAAUGAAGAGUUCUACCAGUGGCUUGAGGAGCCAGAGUACUUGGACCUGUACAACCGCCAUCAGAAGGAGAUCAUUGACCGUGCUAAAGAAGACUUCCAGGAGCUCCUGCUGGAGUACUCUGAGCUUUUUUAUGAGCUUGAGGUGGAUGCCAAGCCAAGCAAGGAGAAGAUGGGGGCAAUUCAGGAGGUUUUGGGGGAGGAACAGAGGUUCAAGGCGCUACAAAAGCUUCCAGCUGAAAGAGAUGCUCUGGUAUUGAAGCAUAUCCACUUUGUCUAUCACCCAACCAAGGAGACCUGCCCAAGCAGUCCUCACUGCGGAGACUCUAAGAUUGAACAAAUCUUAGUUUCACGGUUCCCUACGUGUUACCCCUUUUUUGAUGUGAAAGCUCAUUUUGGGGACACCAAGGCUGAUAGAAUUAACCUUGUCAUACUAGGGAAGGAUGGACUGGCCAGAGAAUUUGCCAAUGAGAUUAGGGCUCUCUGCACAAAUGAUGACUGGUAUGUGUUGGACGGGAAGAUGUAUGAACUGACACUGCGGCCUAUUGAGGGAAAUGUACGUCUUCCAGUAAAUUCCUUCCAUACCCCCACUUUCACCCCUCAUGGAUGUUUGUGUCUGUAUAAUUCAAAAGAGUCCCUCUCCUAUGUGGUUGAAAGCCUUGAGCGACUUAGGGAAUCAACUCUAGGUCGAAGGGACAGUCAGCUAGCACAGCUGCCAACAUCACUGCUUUUAGUCACUAAAAGAGGCGUAGGAUCAUACGUGGAUAUAGGUGGAGAAACUGCCUUAAACCUAAUAACACAGGGACAGCAGGUUGCAAGGAGACUGCAGUGUAGCUUUUUAGAUCCUGCCUCCCCUGGUGUGGGCUAUGGCCAUAACGUCAAUGAGACUCAAAUCAACCAGGUGCUGAGGGGCCUUCUGGAUAUUAGAAGGAGCACAUCCUUUAGUAGCAGCUCCCCACCCCUCCUCCCUGAGCCUCCGGGUCUCCGAGACUCUCCCCAUCAGCCGGCCCCAGAGGCAGACCUUCGCAUUGUCAUGUGCUUAAUGUGUGGAGACUCCUAUGACAUUGAGCAGCUCCUGUCCCCUUUCCUAAUGCAUCAGCACUGCAGGCCCAUGUCUAAUUGUGGCACCUCUGUAUUGCUGGAGCAGACAGUUGGUGGACACAAACUGGCUAUAGAGCUCUCUCUGCUCUCAUACCACGCCUCCUUCACUUUGCGGAAGAGCAGGUUAGUACACGGCUACAUUGCUGUGUACUCGGUCUCCCGAAAAGCCUCCCUGGAGACCCUGUGUGCCUUCUUGUGUGAGGUUCAGGACAUCAUCCCAGUUCAACUGUUGGCUGUUGGAGAUAGCCAGGCAGAGCUCACUGACAGUGACUAUGCCUGUGAACAGCUGAUCCAGGGGGAGGAGCUAGCCCAUGAGAUUGAGGGUCGUUUCAAUAGUGUGGUUUGUGGGUCCGGGGGCGUGGUGGGAGGUCUGCACAGGAUAGAAAUGUUCCAUUCUUUUCUGAUGGAGGUGGUAGAGAAACGCAACAUUGUGGAGGCCACACAUAUGUACGAUAAUGUUGCUGAGGCAUGCACGAAUGAAAAUGUGUACUCCCCACGUUGCAGUUCCCCCAGUCCUGUCACCAUGUUCCUGGAUUCAGAGGAUGACGUAGAGCCAUCACCACCAUACUAUGAUGGCACACUCACUUCUCAUAGUGGGGGCUACAACCUGCCCGACUUAGAUUCGAGUGACAUCUCUGUCAUCUCUGAUAUCAGAGACUUUGAGAACAAACUCAACAACAAAGUACCUCCCCAAGUGAGAGUUAAACCAGGUGUCACUUUUGACUUCCGGAAGGUGAGCCGUAAUCCAUUUAUCGAUACACUAGGUCAUCGUCGCUCCUUACCUUCUGCUGUGACCUGGGUUCCUGGUGGGGAUGUGGGCUACGACCCCUCAGACUACGCCGAACCCAUUGAUGCUGUUUCAAAACCCCGCCCUAGCAAUGAAGAGAUCAUUUACUCAGUGCCACAUGACAGCACACAAGGCAAAAUCAUCACCAUCCGCAACUCCAACAGGAUGCACUCCAAUGGAAAUGGCUCAGACAGUGAAGCAGACAGCAGCUCUCUGGAGCGAAGGAGGAAGUUCUCAGCAGCUGGGGUGAAGCCUCGUCUUUACCGUGACCGGUCCAAGCGGCUUGGCAAGUUCAGCAGCUUUCGCACGAGCUUCAUUGGCAGCGAUGACGAGAUGGGAGCCCUUCUGAAGUCCAAGGAAGAUGACUUUGGGACCCUGAAAGGCGAAAGCCUUGUUAAUGAGGAGAGUGAGGACCCAAAAAAGAGGAACAUUCUGAAGAGCCUACGACGAACCGCCAAGAAAACGAGACCAAAGCCCCGUCCAGCUAUUCCCAAGCCCCCAGAGAGCAGUUACUUUGGGGUGCCCUUAGUGAAUGUGGUAUCCCCAGACAGACCUAUCCCACUCUUCAUCGAGAAGUGUGUCCGCUUCAUUGACACAACAGGCCUGAAUACAGAGGGUUUGUACCGCGUUAGUGGCAACAAGUCAGAGAUGGAAAGCAUGCAGAGGCAGUUUGAACAGGACCACGGAUUAGACCUAGUGGAGAAAGACUUCUCCAUAAACACUGUGGCUGGAGCCCUCAAAAGCUUCUUCUCUGAGCUGCCUGAGCCCCUGGUGCCUUGUGCUCUGCAGGUGGACCUAUUGGAUGCUUUCAAAAUCAAUGACCGAGAACAGAGGCUGUAUACCAUGAAGGAUGUCCUGAGGAAGUUCCCCAGGGAGAAUUACGAUGUCUUCAAAUAUGUACUGAGCCACUUACACAAAGUGAGCCAGUUGCACAGGUUGAACUUGAUGACCAGUGAAAACUUGUCCAUCUGUUUCUGGCCCACACUCAUGAGGCCGGACUUCACCACAAUGGAUGCCCUGACUGCCACACGCACCUACCAGACAAUCAUCGAGACCUUCAUCCACCAGUGUGCAUUCUUCUUUUACAACCAGCCCCUCCUCGACUCCCCCACUGGCCUAGCAGGCCUCCCUGCCUCACCUACCACCACCCUCAGUGGGAGCUCUGCCUACUCUUGUUACCGCUCCUCUCCUCCGCACACCACCACACACUUCAGCCCCCUGCAGCAAUCCCCGCCCACCACCCCCCAGUCUCCCCUGCAGUCUCUGCUCCCUCCCCUCCACCAGCACCCCCACUCCCACCAUUCCCCUGCUGAACAAGAGACACUGUGAGAGACAGUGAAACCGCGUGUGCCCAUGAUGAUGCUGGACCUUAUCACCAACACUAACAAAAAAAAAAAAAAAAACGUGCACUUGCACACUACAUUUUUGAUCAUGGACAGCAUAGGUUAUGAAGAGAGGAGAUGGGAAGUGUCUGAGAAACUUCCCUAACCUGCCAUUUGUAUCCAUAUUUGUGUGCAUCAGGGCAGGCUUUCAUUAUCAGUGACUCUUCCUCUGCCCUUUGAAUCCCUGAACGCCUGGAAUUUGACAUCAGGUCGGAAGUGGAGGACAGAUGUUGCUGUCACAGCAAGCCUUUCUUCUUGUCAACAGCCACCAGUUAUCCUACACUACCAAGAAAUAGAAACCUCUAUGCCAAGCUGGAAGAAUUUUGAUUUGUGGCCACCAUGUUUUUAUCUGAGUAAAACUGUUUUAUUUUUUGUUUUUCUCAUGAAAGUACUGCCACUGGAUUUUUAGACUGUUCCUCUGUAGGUCCUUUGGGCAGCAGUUUGCUCCGUAUAUCAGAGGUUCCUCUGUCUGCCUUUCUCUCAUCGGCUCUACUUGAGGGGUCAGCAUGGGGAGGGAAGGGAAGGGAA